GUGGAUGCCCCAUUCUUCAAACCAUUCAUUCAUUCAGAUAGUUCAGCUGAACCCGAUAGAAACCGGAAGAAGAAGAAGCAGCAGCAGUGAAGAGUAGAUUGAAGAACAUAACUGAAGCAGACAAGAAUACUUUGCUUGAAGAAAUGGUGGUGCCACAUUCCAUGACUUUGCCCUCCUCAUCGCUCAGUUCACCUAUAGGCGUAAAAGAGAGGAACUUUAACAUGCCCACUUCAUAUUGUUGUCUUCACAAAGAUAAACCCAGGAAGCAGUUCUUGAAUUUGAGCCUUUCCUCAAACCUGUCUUUGCUGGUUGGUGAUUCCAAAGCCCCUAGGAGAGUUCAGGCACUCAAAUCUGAUGGUGCUCAUAGGAAGAGUGGAAAGCGAGAAGCAUCAAGUGACAGUGACAGUGAUAGUGAUGAUGAAAAUGAUGCGCCUCCUCCAAUCAAUGACCCUUAUCUUAUGACUCUUGAAGAGAGGCAAGAGUGGAGGAGGAAAAUUAGACAAGUGAUGGAUAUGAAGCCUAAUGUUCAAGAGGAGUCAGACCCUGAGGAAAAGAAGAAGAAAAUGGAAAAGCUUAUGAAGGAUUACCCUCUUGUUGUGGAUGAGGAGGAUCCUAACUGGCCUGAAGAUGCUGAUGGGUGGGGAUUCAGCCUGGGGCAGUUUUUCAACAAGAUUACCAUUAAAGACAACAAGAAGGCUAAGGAUGAUGAUGACGAUGAUGAUGAAGGUAACAAAGUAGUGUGGCAAGAUGAUGACUACAUUCGUCCUAUCAAAGACAUAAAGAGCUCAGAAUGGGAGGAGACUGUAUUCAAAGACAUAAGUCCCUUGAUUAUUCUUGUUCACAAUCGAUAUAGAAGGCCAAAGGAGAAUGAAAGAAUUCGAGAUGAACUUGAGAAGGCUGUGCAUAUCAUAUGGAACUGCAGAUUACCCUCACCUAGAUGUGUUGCCCUUGAUGCUGUUGUUGAGACUGAACUGGUUGCUGCACUUAAAGUAUCAGUCUUCCCAGAGAUGAUCUUCACUAAAUCAGGGAAGAUUCUAUUCCGUGAUAAAGCAAUUCGCAAUGCAGAUGAGUUGUCAAAAAUCAUGGCCUACUUUUACUUUGGUGCAGCCAAGCCACCCUGUUUGAAUAGCUUUACAGAUUUCCAAGAAGAUAUUCCUUCUCUUGUUAUUUGAUCAUCCAGUGUCCUGAAAAAUUAAGAGCCCUAAUUUUGAGUCAAGCCAUAUUGCUAAAAAGGUUUCCAUUUACAAAUGCAUGUAACUUUUUGCCUUUGUAAAAGAAAUGCAAGGGGAAUGCAUUGCAUAGUUCCAUUGGAUACAUAUAAUUUGAUGAAAUAACUUGCAUCAAUAUGCAAGAAAAUUCCUAGAGGCUGUUUGAUCUGUUGCCUCAGAACCCAUCACACCAGAUGAGCUUUGGGCUUGGCAUGUUGGGACAAAAGAAAACUUGAAUGUGGAUGAUGAAUCUCCAUGACAUGAUCGCUAGUUUACUGCUGAGUACAGUUUAUGUAUCCUUUCAUUGGAUGGAGCACUGUGCAUAAUUUAGAUGGUACAUUGAGAGCAUCUUUUACUGAAAUGAAAGAUGAUUUGUAAUACUUAGGAUUCACAGUGGCUUGAUUUGUGUCAUUAGUGUAUAUUAGAAGGAUAUGAGGAUAUUAGCAUGUUGUAGAAAGUAGGUUAUGAUUUGUUCAUUUCAAUUUUCUGUA